GAACUGCUUUCAUGGCGGUAAGUGCCGCAAGAAAGAGCCCCAGCCGUCAGAAGCUCAACGUAUACCGACAGAACGAGACUCAACCGUGGACAACAUGAACAAUAAUGAGGAUGUAGAUAAUAAUCCUGAUAAUCCACCUGAAGCUGUUCCUUCCACUACUCGCACAGUUUCUAUCACUCUUGAGGAAGUUCCAGUAGCACUUCCGUCAGCGCCCCUUGAACCAGAAGUAGUGCUGCGUCCUGGAGGGCAAACCCAGACCCCUUUAAAGUGCGAAAGCCCUCCUCCUUAUUGUGAAUCCACCGACGGAAACUGGAAUCCUGAUUGUGGUCCUCCACCUUCCUACGAAGAUGCCAUUCGUGGAACGGAUGUAAACAUUCAACAAACAUGGCAAGCUAUCUUGAUUCUUCCUUCUGUAGCAAGAGAAAAUGCUUGAACAGCUAUUGCUUGUAGAAAUUUUCUGGAACUUCUCAGCCUCGAGGAAGGCACUGCAGGCUGGCCUGAUUUGUCUUGGAUAUUUCCGGAGAGAUCUUACAUUGCUAUCACCGGCAAAUAAGUGAUUGUGUUUGCAGUGGACCGACGUCUGAGGCAACAUCACGCGGCCAAUCUCUACAGCGAAUUUUUCUGACUGACAGAUUCAGGAACUAAUUUUCAAUUGUGUAUCAAUAGUUUUCUAAAUGAAAACGACCGG